AUGGCAUCUCUACUAGCAAUUCCAGGCCCUCUGAAGUCUCUAUUUGACAUGUUUCCGCUAAAGACAUACGGUAGCAUCAAGGACAACGAUCAGGCAUUGGACUACGAUGCGCUGACCAGAACGGCAUACUUCAUGGGACCCAAUGCGACUAAAGCAAACAAAGACGAUGUUUUCCAAUUAGGAGUUUACCAAUUCGUACGAGAUUCCAAGACAGGAGUCCUUUUGGCCUCUGACCCAUGGGGUAUAUUUGCCGAAUUGUCGCUGUGCAAAAAGAACGAUUUGCAACUGCCUACCGCAACUCCGGAUCCACUGGACCCAAAGACUGCCCAAAAGCCUCAACACUCAAUGUGCAUCCUAUCGGCAAGAGCUUCCGUCGAUAAGUCCCUUCCGAUACUGAUUGAAUCAUACACAAGAAGACACAUUAGGUCCACCAAGAGUAUCAACGAAAUCCUAUUCUCCCGAAUCCCCGCUGGAGAACAAACCCUCUACUUAAAACUACUCAAUACCAUCGUAUACGACGGCUACCUAGCAGAUUUACUCACAAACGCAUCACCAGCCAAAUUCUGCGAGUUGUACACCUACAUAAACGAAAGAGACGUUUCUGUCACCAACUCAAUUACAAUCCAAGACGUCAAACGCUCGCUACUCGCAAGAAACAAUUUCAACCUACGUCACCAACAAUUGACCAAAUACUUGCUCGAGCCCAUGUUUCCCACCAAUCGCACAGAACUUGCGGCUCUGGCCCAAACCGCCAUCGCCGAAACUAUAAGAUGUCUAAAAAAAUUACAAAUCCACUGGCGCAAGAACCACCAACCUCAAGAACAUCAGAAUCACGCCAGUAACACACAAAGAACAGACUUUCAGUACAUAGACUUAGCAUUGGCCAGCUAUGUCCUUGCCAUUGCCCAGCUAGGACCCGAUUCUGAACUAUACCAAUGGAUGCACACCGAUGCACAAUUCCUCCUGGAAUUCUCGCAACAGCUACUACAAACCUACAGCAUAUAG